AUGAGGAACCAGGACCUGGUGGUGAAGGAAGACGAGGACAAGGAUGAGAGAGCUCAAUUUGAGGCCCUGUACCAGGAGCAGUAUCAUCUCGGUGAAGGAGGAUGUGGAAGCGUGUUUGCUGGCUACCGAAAAUCUGAUAAUUUGCAAGUUGCCAUCAAACACAUUCCUAAAGACAGCACGUGCUACAAAGAGAUGGAAAAGAACAAGCUGCAGCUGCCUACAGAGGUGUUCAUCAUGUUAAAGCUUCAUAAUGUCAAAGCAUCUGGAUCGGUAGGGUCAUCUGCUCCCAUCGGCCUAGUGGACUGGUUCGAUCUGAACCAGGAGUUGAUCCUGAUUCUAGAGAGGCCAGUCCCCUCCAAAGACCUGCUCAUGUACGUCUGGGACAACGGAGCUUCGCCGGAGGAAGAUGAGGCAAAGAUCAUCCUUAAACAGCUGAUCGAUGCCGCCAUCCACCUGGAGAACACGAACAUCUUCCACCGAGACAUCAAGAUGGAAAACAUCUUACUCGAGACCGGCUCUGGCGUCCCACGUCUCCGUCUGAUUGACUUUGGUUUGAGUUGUGUUGUGACGGAGAGCUCCUGCUACCAGGUCUUCUACGGAACACCUCAACACAUCCCACCGGAGUGGUACAGCACAAACACCUACACGGCUGGUCCCACCACGGUGUGGCAGAUCGGGGUCGUGCUCUUCGACAUGCUGCACAGACCCACCCGAUUCGACACCACCAGGUUCCUCGACAACAAGCUGACAGUCAGCAGGAGCUUGUCUGAAGAUUGUAAGGACCUCCUGCAAAAAUGCUUCACUGAGAACCCUGAGCAGCGGCCGACGCUGAAGGAGCUCCGCUCCGACGGCGCACCGCGGUGCAACAAUCCAGCGCACCGGGCGCUGCAGUCCGGGUUGGGAGCGGGAGGGCGGGGUGAGGAAGAGGAGGAGGAGGAGGCUGGAGGAUUUCAGGACUCGCCGCUGAUGCUUGUUUUCGCUCCGAGCUCUCAGCACUCAGUCCGUCCGUCCAUCCUUCACUCCGAGCGGGACUCUGCUGCUCUUCUGUCGGCCUCCAGCAUCAACACGCACGACGCCGUGUGUCCGUGGCGGGGGGAUGCGUGUAGCUGCUGGCCGGGCUGCGGGCUGCGGGCUGCGUGUUUCCGGUGUGACUGUCCGUGUGCACCACCUGUGCGGGUGUUGUGGAGCCGCGGCGGGCUGAUGGCGCUCAGGCAGGCCGGGCAGGAGGCUCCUCUCCCGGCGGGCUCUGAUCGUCCGUCGCGCUGA